AUGGCCAACGGGACAAACACAUCCUCCCCGUACUACAGCUAUGAAUACUACCUGGACUACCUGGACCUCAUUCCUGUAGACGAGAAGAAGCUGAAAGCCAACAAACAUGCUAUUGUCAUCGCCUUUUGGGUGAGCCUGGCUGCGUUUGUGGUGCUCCUCUUCCUCAUUCUGCUCUACAUGUCCUGGUCGGGGUCCUCACAGAUGAGGACCGGCCCCCAGCAUCACCAAAUGUGCCCAUGGAACCACAGCCUCAACCUCCCCUCCUGCCUUAGGAGGGCCUCCCACGGGGCAGUAGAGACACCAGGAAGCAGAGCUGGGGCUGAGUAG